AACCUCCCGUUUCUCGUCAGAACUGUAAACUGAAGACGGAACCCGCGAAUUCGUUGCCGAACAAAGAUCUUCGGAGCGAGCUUGAGUCCAGACAUGGGUACUAGAGAAGUUUACGAACAGAAGCUAAGAAGUGGCAAUCUGUACCAUGAACCCACUAUGAAUCCUGGGCUCGGAUCGCCUCGUUGCCCUCGCUGUUUUUCUCUUCUUAAACCCGACCCUGAUAAAAGUGAAUGGGCCGUCAAUCCUGUUCUCCACGAUGUUACUGCUGUGGCAGGAUCCGGUCUUGGUGGGUUGCUGAGUGCAGUUCAUGCCUAUAAUACAGGGAUCCCACACCUCCAGAGUUAUGUGAAGGGACCAAAGUGGCUUCCUUUUGUAAUUGGGGUGCCCGCCCUAUUAUUGUGCUCGAGUGCUGGAGCUACAUUUGGAGGUAUGCUAGGAAAUAGUUUUUGCUUGUUCUCUCUUUUAAGAAAAGGUUGAUGUUAUGUUGGCGUGUGGUUUUUUGUAUUUAAAUUAUAACAUAAUAUGGACUACUGUAUUGAAAUACAUAUACAGAUGAAGGGAAGGACUAGAACUAAAACCUGUAUACAAACAUGGAAAGAUUACCGAAAUUUUUUGUCCAGUUAGCGAUUAGCAAAUUAAUAGGAAAGAUCAAUAAAUACUUGGAUUAAAGUGGGAAAGAGCUACAUUCCUCCACUUUUAUCCUGGCUCACAUAUCUUCUAGAAAA